CCCCGCCCUCCCGGCGCGGUGGCCGCGGAGAGAAAGUAAGGUGAAAAAGUCCAAGUGCAGCUGCGGGCGCGAUGGGGGCCGGCUCCUCAAGCUACCGGCCCAAGGCCAUCUACCUGGACAUCGAUGGACGCAUCCAGAAGGUGGUCUUCAGCAAAUACUGCAACUCUAGCGACAUCAUGGACCUGUUCUGUAUCGCCACCGGCCUGCCUCGGAACACCACCAUCUCCCUCCUGACCACGGAUGACGCCAUGGUCUCCAUCGACCCCACCAUGCCUGCGAACUCAGAGCGAACUCCCUACAAGGUGAGACCUGUGGCCGUCAAGCAACUAUCUGAGAGAGAAGAACUCAUCCAGGGUGUGCUGGCCCAGGUGGCAGAGCAGUUCUCCAGAGCGUUUAAGAUCAACGAGUUGAAAGCAGAAGUUGCAAAUCACCUGGCCGUGCUGGAGAAACGGGUGGAACUGGAAGGACUUAAAGUGGUGGAGAUUGAAAAAUGCAAGAGUGACAUUAAAAAGAUGCGAGAGGAGCUGGCAGCCAGAAACAGCAGGACCAACUGUCCCUGUAAAUACAGUUUUUUGGAUAACAAGAAGUUGACACCUCGGCGUGAUGUCCCCACUUAUCCCAAGUACCUGCUCUCCCCAGAGACCAUCGAAGCCCUACGGAAGCCCACCUUCGAUGUCUGGCUUUGGGAACCCAACGAGAUGCUGAGCUGCUUAGAGCAUAUGUACCAUGACCUCGGCCUGGUCAGGGACUUCAACAUCAACCCCAUCACGCUCCGCAGGUGGCUGCUCUGCGUGCAUGACAACUACAGGAACAACCCCUUCCACAACUUCCGGCACUGCUUCUGUGUGACGCAGAUGAUGUACAGCAUGGUCUGGCUCUGUGGCCUCCAGGAGAAGUUUUCCCAGAUGGACAUCUUGGUCCUGAUGACCGCAGCCAUCUGCCAUGACCUGGACCACCCAGGGUACAACAACACGUACCAGAUCAACGCCCGCACGGAACUGGCUGUGCGCUACAACGACAUCUCGCCGCUGGAGAACCACCACUGCGCCAUUGCCUUCCAGAUCCUGGCCAGGCCCGAGUGCAACAUCUUCUCCAGCGUGCCACCUGAGGGCUUCAGGCAGAUCAGGCAGGGGAUGAUCACAUUGAUCUUGGCCACUGACAUGGCAAGGCACGCUGAAAUUAUGGAUUCUUUCAAAGAAAAGAUGGAGAAUUUUGACUACAGCAAUGAGGAGCACCUGACCCUGCUGAAGAUGAUUCUCAUAAAAUGCUGUGAUAUCUCCAACGAAGUCCGUCCCAUGGAGGUGGCAGAACCAUGGGUAGAUUGUUUACUGGAAGAAUAUUUCAUGCAGAGCGACCGUGAGAAAUCAGAAGGCCUUCCAGUGGCCCCGUUCAUGGACAGAGACAAAGUGACCAAAGCAACGGCCCAAAUUGGGUUCAUCAAGUUUGUCCUGAUCCCAAUGUUUGAGACAGUGACCAAGCUCUUCCCCAUUGUUGAGGAGACCAUGCUACGGCCACUCUGGGAGUCUCGAGAACACUAUGAGGAGCUGAAGCAGAUGGACGACGCCAUGAAGGAGUUACAGAAGAAGACAGACAGCUUGACAACUGAGGGCAACGAAAACACCACAGAGAAGAACAGAGAUACGAAAAACAGUGAAGGCCAUUCUCCUCCAAACUGAUGUCUCAAUGUGUACACAGACUGUACUGGUUAAAGCAGCCGAGCUGUGGCCUCUGAGCAGACAGGGCUCGGGGACUUCACAGGAUCCUCCACGCAAGGACGGUCACGCCCAGACGACCCCUGAUGACCUGCCACAGACCACGUUUUCUAAGAACCGUUUUGUUCACUGAUACAAAAACAGGAAUUCAUGAUGCUGUACAGAAUUUUUAUUUUUAAACUGUCUUUUAAAUAAUAUAUUCUUAUACAGAAA